CGGGGCUGAACGGGAUAGGGGUGAGGACUAGUGCCGUUCGUUUUGUGGUGGUUGGUUUUUCGUCGUGGGAUGUGAACCGUUCCGUGAUAUGUCGUUUCGGCGCAGAAAAGUAAUCACUAGGACGCAUUACCCAGUCGUGAACGUAAACGAGACCGUGGAACGAAUUAGCUGUCGUUUGGAAAAGUGACAAGGAAGAUGAAGAAGUACACACAGCUCGCUCUCAUUGUGAUAUCGAUACUCUCAGUGCUCGCUUUACUGGUGUGCGAGAGGAGAUACGCUAACAUGAAGGUAAUCUUCGAAGUUAUGGACGUCUUCGAAGCCAAAGAAACAGCCGUCAAGUGUGACAAGCGCAUCGAAACAUUGCGUAAAGCAGACUACAGUGCAUCUGCGCGAAUCACACCCACCGUUUUACCCGUCUGGAUGGAAGUACUGGAAGGCGUGUACGCCUACUCAGCGUUUUGGGACUUUGCACCAGAAUACAACAAAAAAAUAUCACGCGUCCUCGUUGCCUUUCCAAAACAGGGCAAGAAUAUAUUAAAGUGCUUCGUCUGGUUCGACAGUACCCACUUCGUCGAGGCUGACGAUUUGCGCAUCACGGUUUUAGCCGAAACGUCUAAUGCUGUUUCAGCUGUUGCUGACUGCAUCGUCAGGAACAUUUCUAUUCGUCCCGUGGGAGUUUCGUUUUCGUCGUCUGUUUCGAACAAAGACGCUGUCAAGGUUGUCGGACUUCUCCCGACAACCACCAACGCAACUUCUAACGUUUCAGUCUGUUUACCGCCGCUAUCCCACGCGACAACUCCGUUGCAGAUUGCGGAGUUCGUCAUAUAUCACCGCCAUAUUGGUGCUCAAGACUUCAUCGUCUACGAUUCUGGUCUGCUAACCAACGCGAAAAAACUCAUCUUGGCUAUCCCGGCCAUGACUGACGGAACCGUGUCCCUUCUGCCCUGGAACGUUCCGUUGAAUCUCCAGAGUGUCACAGAUAUAGUUCGUGUGGCCGACUGCCUACUUCGGACAAAGGGCAGAUCUAAUGCGACUAUCUUUUUAGAACUAAAUGAGUUCCUCGCACUUUACAAAGUCAAAGGACUGGGAGAGUUACAGCGCGGCCUCGAAGCAAUAACGCCGAGCCCAAAAGAGAACAAUCCGCUGGUGCUUUUCCACAGGCAUUACUACUGCGACGAGUUUUCUGACGACAUCGUUGCAAGCUCCCUGGAAAUCCCGUUCGUUACGCAGAGGAAAGUUCGCUACCACAAAGUUUCGGAGAAGCAUUCCGUGGCGCUCGUCCUGCCACACUUCUCGGUCAAGUUAGCUCGGGAUAUCGGGGCGCUUGACGUCCCCAUCGACCAUAACGUCCUCGUGCCGGAGCGAUCGGCUGUGAUCAACGUGUAUCGAGAGUGCGGGAAGUUAUUCCCGAUACACAACACGCGAGACCAUUACAUUCCCGACAUGCACAUGACUAAGUUACGCGGCGUGUUUUUCGCGUCGAAACUUUACCAUUACCUCGAAAAGCAGCCGUUUGCGCAGUUUCUGUUGUAGUAUCGUUGGUUUGCGUUGUGGUGCACAUUUUUUUUUGAAUUCGUAGGGGAGGAAAAGCAUGCAGUUCUGCUUCCGUUUACGAAGGAGCUGAAAAAUCUUUUUUUUUUCUUUUUUGUUUACACGAUGUAGCAUCGGGCCGCUGUUCAUGUAGCCAGGAAAAACUUGUGCCAUUUUUAAGUUGAGAGCCAGUUCUAUUACUGUUCUGCUCUGUUCCAGUACAGGUUCUGGUUAGGUGCUGCUCUGCAUUGUUCCAGAAUUAGUUCUAGCAUAGUUCUGUACAGUUCCAGUACCAGCUUUAGCAUUGUCUCAGUGAUCAAGCACCAUAACUGUGCCAGUUCCAGUACUGACUUGAAGUACUCUCCAUUGGUACCUCUACCUUCUCUGACAAUCUCUUCAGUUUCAAUUUUACUUCAUAUUGAAACUAAAAUUUGAAAUUGAAGGGAUUUUGCAUUCAGCAUUUUCAGAGUAGUGCCAAAGCGUUAGCCACACACGUUGAUGUCGGUAUGAAUGAUGAUUAACAUGUUGCAUGCCUUGUUGAUAUGCACACCACCCAUUUCCGCAUCACAUAUCCCAUCUAAGUAAUACUACAUUCAAAUAUGUCUGCUUUUUAUGUGAACAGUGAUCAUAAGUCUAGAGUGUGUCAUAAUCCAAACUGUUCAACUCAUUGCCAAAGAUUAAGGUAAUGCUGUGCAGCUGUGUUCAUUAACAAUACCUGCUGCUGUACUACAUGUCUUAUGUAUUGGCAGUUUACUUCCUGUUUUGUUGUUUACUCAGAGUUAAUUUACUCUUGUCUGUUAUUCGUAGCUUAUACGGUUGUGUUUAAAAAAAAAAGCAGGUUGUGGUCAGAUUUUUAAUAUUCGUUCCUAUAUUUGUAUCGCUGUUUAACUGAGUUUUUGGGUUUUACGUCAGUGUUAAGAAUGAUGAUUAUUGACAUAUCUUUUGACUAUGUAUGUACAAAGCUGCCUGAAUUUAUCCCAGUCAGCAGUUUCAGUGACUGAGGGAUUCAACGUGACGAUCAAUUUCUAGCCUCUCCGAGGCACCUUUUUAUGCAAAACGUAUUUCUAGAACGUCUUUCCUCUUUUUACAGAAAUACGUGUAAUCGAGAGGACCAAAGUUUGUUAAAUAAAAAUUAGAAUUUUA